CACCUGGACUUUGGGAUCAUAAUUUUCUGGUUUGCUAUUUAAGCUGCAGAACCUCACCAGCUGAACACAAGCGCUGCCAAGUGGACUUGCAGAUACACUUGCAAACUCAGGUCGAACAGCCAUGAAGGUCAUUGUUGUGCUCGUCCUAGCUGUUUUCAGCGGCUGUCAUGCCAAUCUCUUCUACGCUGAUGCACCCAAGCCACAGCUGGAAGUGCUGACUGAUGCAUUCUGGGACUAUGUUUCCAAAGCCACCCAGACAGCUGAUGAGACGGUUCAGAUGAUCAGGAAAUCUCAGUUUGGACAGGACGUCAGUGCUCGUCUGACUGAGAGCGCAGACGUGGCCAGCAAGUAUGCAGUCACCCUCCAGGAGCAGCUUCCCCUUGCAGCCCAGGACCUGAUCACCAAAGUCACCACAGAGGCUGACGUGCUGAGAGAGCGUUUGAACCAGGAUCUCAGCACUGUCAAGGACAAACUGGAGCCCUACACCGAGGACAUGAAGGCCCAGAUCCAGCAGAGAGUGGAACAGCUCAAACAGGAGCUGGCCACCUACGCAGACACCCUGGACGCUGAGGCCCUGAGGACCACCCUGCUGCAGAAGAGCGAGGAGCUGAAGACCAACCUGGAUCAGAGUGUGAUGGAUCUGCAGGCUCAGCUGGGGCCCUACACUGAUGACCUGAAGCAGAAGGUGGACCAGCACCUGCAGGACUUCAAGGAGCGUAUGGUGCCUGUGACUGAGAAGGUUCAGAGUGAGCUGUCCCAGAGAGCCCAGCAGGUGAAAGAACUGGCCACCCCCUACGUUGAUGAGCUGAGGGAAAAGCUGGACCCCUACGCCCAGGACCUCCAGACUCGUCUCACCUCGCUCUUCGAGUCCUUUGUCAAAGCCAAAUUGGGCUUGCUGCACCUGAGUGUCCCCAAGCCUGAGCAUGCCCGUCCUGUAAUGCUGACACCUUAUUUACACAACAGGUAUCUGUCUCUACCAACAAUGAAGGCUGUAGCUCUGAUCCUUGCUCUGGCAGUCAUCACUGGCUGCAAUGCUCGUGCUGUGCGUCAGGCUGAUGCCACCCCAGCCCGCUGGGAGGACACUGUGGAUCGUUUCUGGCAGUAUAUCUCUGAACUGAACCAAAAAGCCGAUGGGGUCGUGCAGGACAUCAAGGCCUCACAGCUCAGCAGGGAGCUAGACACACUGAUCACUGACACCAUGGCAGAGCUGGCAACGUACAGAGAUGACAUCCAGACCAAGCUGAGCCCCUACACUGAGAGCUCCACUGGCCAGCUCACUCAGGACCUGCAGCUUCUGGCCAACAAACUCCAGCAGGAUAUGCUGGAUGCCAAGGAGCGCAGCACUCAGUAUGUGGGUGAGCUCAAGACCAUGGUGGAGCAGAAUGCCGAUGAUGUCCACAGCCGCAUCAAUGCCUACACCCACAAGCUGAAGAAGCGCCUGAACAAGGACACAGAGGAAAUUCGCAACACUGUGGCCACCUACCUUGGUGAGCUCCAAUCCCGCACCUCCCAGAACCUGGACACUGUGAAGGACCAUGUUGAGCCCUAUGUCCAACAGGCCAGCGACUCCGCCACCAAGAAGCUGAGUGACAUCUCCUCCAUCCUGAAGACACAGGCUGAGGGCUUGGGCCAGCAGCUGGAGACUCAGGCCGAGGGCCUCAAGACCCAGUUGGAGUCCACCGCCCAGGACCUGCGCACCUCCCUGGAAGGCAAGAUUGACGAGCUGACCGAGAUUUUCUCCCCCUAUGCCGCCCAGUUCCGUGAGCAGGUUGAGAACAUCAUGGACAAGGUUAAGGAGACUGCCACCGCAUAA